UUUGAGGAAAAGCAAAUCAAAUUUAACCUUCACCCCAUCCUAUUUUCCUUGUGCAUUUGGAGACAAGGAGGCAAAGUGCCUCCUCCGUUUCUCUCUAUGUUUGCAUCUCAAUCAACAACAAGCUCUGAUCUUCAUGCUUCUUCCUUGUGUUGGAUGCUGUGAAGAUAAUUAACUUCAAAAAUGGCUUCGGUUAGCUUCAAAUACUGGGAUGAUUGUGUGGAUCCUCAUGAUCUGGAAGCCAUGUGGGCCGAUCCAGAUGUUAGAGCCGAAUGGCUUAAUGCUGGUGAAACUAAGGGAUCAAAAGUCCACCUCUCACGUGAUCCUGAUGGUCAGCCUUAUCUAACUCAAACAGAAAUGAAGGCAGUAGCAGGUAUUAUAGUCCGAAGACAUUUCCUAUCGCAGAUUGAUUCGGAUAUGCUUUGCGCUAUUGCUGAGCUUGAAAGUGACCGGCAGCUUCUUGCAACACGGUACAAUAAAAAAUCAAAAGAGAUUACUAUGGGAAUUAUGCAGAUUUUGCCUAAAACUGCAGACUGGUUGGUGAGUGAUUUGGGUUACCGAACAUAUGAGGUGGCCGCAGAUUCGAAACUUCUUUACAAGCCUUUUGUAAAUGUGUACCUUGGCGCUGCAUAUCUAAAGUGGUUAUCAAAUUAUGGAGAGAAGGAGAGAAGUGAAGAGUUCAUGGUGAGAGCUUACAAGGCUGGUACUAAGAAGGCAACCCAUAAGUCCACCUUACCAUUUUGGAGAAGCUAUCUCUCCGUCAAAGAAAGUCUACCAUCGAGGUAGCUGUUUGCAUGCCAUGAUUUCCUUGCUG